GGGAGAGCCUGCCUGGGCAUUCACCUGGGGCAGUGAGCUUCGCAGCCACUCGCCGCGGCGCCCUCCGGUUGGAGCCGACCGCGUUGCGAGCCCGGGGCUGCCGCCGCCGCUGCGGCGGGCAGAAGUUGGAGGCGCCAGGAGAGACCAGCAACAGCAAUGCAAUCAGCGUAGCGGGACUGCGGAGAUUUCGGCAGGCCCACCUUCCAGAAAGAAGCCCGACCUCCCGAAGACCGCGCAGGGGGACGCCGCGCCCCCGCUUUCUAGGUUGUCCCAAGCGCACCCGCUCCGUACUCUCGGCGGCGAGUGCGGCGCGGAACCGCGGGGUCCUGGGAAGCCCGAGCAGCACAGGCCGCUGCCUCGGCUCCCACCCCGCAGCCUGCUUGCGAGAAGCCGGGGACAGGGCGGAGUGGACGCCGGGGACCACCUGGAGAGAGGGGCAGCUGCCGCGAGGCUCUUCCCGACCCGUGGCGCCCGGGCCCCUUGGCCGGACGGCCAUGGCCGACAGCGGCACGGGCAGCUCGGGCCCCUGGUGGAAAUCGCUAACGAACAGCAGGAAGAAAGGCAAGGAAGCCACGGUGGGAGCGCAGCCUCCUGCCCAGCCUGGCCCCGGGGAGCCUGCGCCGCCCACGCCGCCCAGCCCGGACUGGACUAGCGGCUCCCGGGAAAAUCAGCACCCCAAUCUCCUCGGGGGCGCCAGCGAGCCCCACAAGCCAGACAAGUUGUGCGGGGAGAAAUCAGGCAACAGCCGCCGCAAUUUGAAGAUCUCGCGCUCGGGCCGCUUUAAGGAGAAGAGGAAAGUGCGCGCCACUCUGCUCCCCGAGGGAGUCAGGUCCCCGGAGGAGGCGGGCUUCCUUGGUGACCCCCACGACGACAAGCAAUAGCCGUGGCGCUCCAGGACUGUCUCUCUUCCCACCUCCCCAACCCCCAGUGCUAAACCCGAGAAUUGUGACCCGCCCCUGUACCAUGUGUCUCAUCCCACCAAAUUCAGAACGUUCACACAAGGCCUCCACGAUUUUAUUUUCCUAAAAAUUGAAGUGUCAGUUGAGUUUUCCGUGUUUCAUGACUCGAGGAUGUAUUAAAUAUUUAUUCGUGGUAAGGGAAGAUACCUGCCACAGAGGAAGUUGGCAUAAGUAUUUUGUUCUAAAAGCUUCUGUGGCCCCCAGCCCUUGUGUCACCUACAGAAGUGAGAAGGGUACUUCUCUAAGAGAUGGUAGCUCAGUUGGAACUCUGCAGCCUCUCAAAUGAGGAAGGCCUGCUCUGCUUCAGGACUUGCUCUUGGAAAGCAAACCAGGAUGCUGUUUUUAAUGCCUGAGAAACGCACUUUAGAAGUCCUUCUGCAGACUUACACCUUAAGUGAAGGGAUGGGAGAGAGCAAGCAUUAAGUAGAAGCAUUUCAAGUAGGGCAAGAUUGCUUUUAAUGUUGAACUACACAACUGUACUGCCUGUUUUAACGUGGACUAUUAAAAUUGCUGCA